GUUACGUCUUUUGGUAUAGCGCCCUCUCGUGUUGCGCUAGUGCUCUUCGCCAAUAAGUUUUCUGUAGAAUUCGGUUUUCGUCAAACCACUCAGUAGAAAGUGCCUCUUUUUCACCUUGAAGGCCGUUUAUGACCUGUAGUUACCUUGAAGUCUAUCUAGUGGUUGAAGAUGACGAGAAGAGUAGUGUUUUGAGCAGAGGUUUAUAUUGUUGAGGACAUCUUGAGCCCGAAGAGAGAACAAUUCUUUUUACCGUUUUGUGGUACACUACACAUUGGUUAUCUGUUUGGAGUAGAGGGCGCCCCGGCUCCCCAAGUCCUUCACAGUAAAAAGAAUUCUCCAAGACUGGCUCAAGAUGAUUGAAGAAAUCAACUCCGACGAUGUAACUUGUGCCACGUCCCAGCGCGCUGAUUCAUCACCGAGAACCGCUGGAAGUUUCAAGUCAACCACAAGCUCAGCAGCUAUACUGGCUCGUGCAAAGGCUCUGUCCUUGAAAACCAAGAUGGAUUUUACUCAUAAAGAAGCGGAUCUUCGUCGUCAAGAAGCUGAGUUGAGGCGCCAAGAGGAAGAGGUCGCACGCAGUUUACUUAUUCUGGGUGCAGAGAAGGAAUAUGCUAUGGCUGAAGUGGAAGCAGAAUUCCUGGAAUCGGCUGCUUUGAAAGAACACUCCCUCUACACCCAAGAAAAUUUGCAGCUGCCUACAGCCGACUCCGCCGUUCGCACCCAUGAUUAUGUCUCCAAACAUUUCCUAAGAGGAAACGAAUUGGAAAAAACUGAAACAAAGUGUGACAUGUCAAAUGUACAGAGACCACAAAUUGCAGCAGAAGCAGUAACUGAUGUUGAGUUAAAGUCAAACAAAGAAGAUACAAAGGUGACCCAAGUACCCGGUAAAGUUGACCAGACAACGGAAUUCCCCAAUCAAGCUAUGAAGGAGCAGCUGAAUUCCAUAAGCAACAUGUUGGUCCAAAAAGAGUUAGUGAAAAGUAGUUUGAGAAAGUUUCGCUGCAACGCAGGAGAAUACCGAGCUUGGAAAGGCAGCUUCAAGCAGGCUACCAAGGACCUUGAUCUCAAACCCUUCCAAGAGAUGAACCUCAUCCUAGAUUCUAUCGAGGGGGAAACCAAGUCCCUUGUCCAGAAGAUUUAUGCUAUCCAUGUCAACAAGCCUGAUUUGGGACUUCAAAGGGUAUGGUCAUACCUAGAUGAGAAGCAUGGCUCACCGGAAGCAAUCGAACAUGACUUGAUGAUGAGAGUGGAGCUGUUCCAAAAGAUCUUACCAAGGGCCAGCACAAAACUUGAGGAAUUUGGGUAUCUCCUUCUAGAAGUCCAAUACGUCAAGGAAUCCAAGCAGUACCCAGGUUUACUAGUUUUGGAUUCUUCACGGGGGUUACAGCCUUUGGUUCAGAAGCUCCCAGAAUGGCUCCAAAUGAAGUGGCGUCAAAAGGGCUCCCAGUACAAAGAAAGGCACGCUGUGAUGUUUCCGCCAUUUGAGGUUUUCGUCGCUUUUGUACAGGGCCACGCCCGAGUACAGAACGAUCCAAGCUUCCAGUUCACCGAUGUUGUCAAAAGCAGUGGCGACCGCACACCACAGAAAUCGGCUUUCACAGUGAGAAAAACUGGAGUGAUGGACACACCUUCAGUGGACGAGACACCUUGUUGCCCCAUCCAUAACACCCCACACGCCUUGAAAGAUUGUCGUGUCUUUAAGGACAUAUCUCCAGAAGAGAAGAUCACCGUUCUGAGGGAGAACUAUAUGUGCUUUCGAUGUCUUCAACCCAACCACCAGAUCAAGGACUGCAAAUCUAAAGUGAACUGCAAUAUCUGCGGAAAAGGUCAUCUUAAUGUUAUGCACAGACCAGUACUGAGCCGUGAACUAACAUCUUUCUUAAUAAGCCAGACUGCAUCCGCUACUGGGGAGAGUGACGAGCAACCCCAGACCCUUGCUGCCAGACAGUAACGUCCCAGAGUUGCCCUUGAACCUGUCGCCGAGAAGGAUCGUUAAUUGUUCAGAAGAAUCCCAUGAGGUUCUGGA